AUGUGGAAGAACCACCAGCGGGCAAUUGAGUCAUUGCAGGCCAGCCUGGAGGCGGAGGCCAAGGGCCGGGCAGAGGCGCUUCGGCUCAAGAAGAAGAUGGAGACAGACCUGAAUGAGAUGGAAAUCCAGCUGGACCACGCCAACAAGAACAACAGUGAACUUGUAAAGACACUGAAAAGGCUGCAACAGCAAAUCAAGGACCUCCAGGUCCAGAUGGAUGAGGACGCUCGGCAGCACGAGGAGCUGCGGGAGCAGUACAACCUGCAGGAGCGGCGCCUGAGCCUGCUGCAGACAGAACUGGAGGAGGUGCGCUCAGGCCUGGAGGGCAGCGAGCGCUCCCGCAAGCUGCUGGAACAGGAGGUGGUGGAGAUCACCGAGCGGCACAACGAGGUCAACAUCCAGAACCAAAGCCUCCUUGUGGUCAAGCGUAAGCUGGAGUCAGAUGUCCAGCGCAUCUCCAAUGAGCACGAGGAGCUCAUCAGUGAAUUCCGCUCGGCCGACGAGAGGGCCAAGAAAGCCAUGACUGAUGCUGCCCGCAUGGCGGAAGAACUCCGGCAAGAGCAAGACCACUGCAUGCACCUGGAGAAAAUCAAGAAGAACUACGAGAUCACCAUCAAAGACUUGCAGGCCAAGAUGGAGGAGGCUGAGCAGUUGGCUCUGAAAGGAGGGAAGCGCACGAUCAUGAAACUGGAAGCCAGGAUCAAGGAACUAGAGACAGAGCUGGAUGGUGAGCAGAAACAGCACGUGGAGACGGUCAAGACACUGCGGAAGAAUGAGCGCCGCCUCAAAGAGCUGGUCUUCCAGACGGAGGAGGACCACAAGACCAACCAGCGCAUGCAGGAGCUGGUGGAGAAGCUGCAGAACAAGCUGAAGGUCUACAAGCGGCAGAUCGAAGAAGCGGAGGAGCAAGCCAACCAGACCUUGGCUCGCUACAGAAAGACGGUGCACGAGCUGGAUGAUGCUGAGGAGCGGGCCGGCAUGGCAGAGACCGCCCUGAACAAGCUGCGCACCAGACACCGCGUGGCUGGCAAAGGCAUCACCUCUGUGGAGAUCAUCCAGGUGUCCAAGACAGGCUCCACCAAAACCCUUUCUGAGGAGUGAGGUUCUCCACGUUCCAGCCCACAGCCAGUAGGGUGACACAGAUCUCAACAGCAGACCACUGAGAGGAAAAACAUAUGAAAAUAGAAAACUAGAUAUCCUGAGAAUGUUUACUAUGCAAAAGAAAGUGCAAGCCAGAAAGAGACAGGUGCUACAGAAUAAAGAUAGCUGUGGGGGUAAAGGGUUUGAGGAUGUAAAUACCCAGCCAUUAGAGGAACUAAAAUUAGUGUGGCUUCUCUGAGACUGCAUCGAGCUGUGUAAGCACUUGGAUAACAGUAACAGUGGGUCUGUUUUAGUUGAGAUCCUACAUGUUCAUGUCAAAGACGGAAUAUGUAAUGUCUGUGUGCCUCGGCUGUUUUCUAGAAGUAAUUCCUCGUGUGGACAAUUUUAAUGCCCUGUCCCAAUGCAGCUUAAAUAAAAGAAACAUGAAAAAUAGA